GACUUUGCCUAUAUGAUGUAUUUCUUCUUAGAAACUAAUGCAUUUCUCAAUGUGAUAUUAUAUUGAUUUCUUGUUCUUUAAUAGUCAGGAACUUAUACACAAAUAUGGAAAAAGCUUUAGACGAAGUAAUGGAUGAUAUAUUAUCCAGACCAAAUGUCACAGGAUGCUUAUUUGCUGAUCAACAAGGACUAUGUCUUGGAUCUAGGGGCAAAGUUAGUCCAUCUACCACAGGAUUUGUUGUGGCAUUAUCAGAUUUAUCGUGCAAAAUACAGCCAAUGAAAAAACCUCCAAUAAUACAUUUGGAAGCAGAUAACAGACUAAAAGAUUUAUAG